AUGGCCACUGGCCGCCUCCAGGUCCUGCGGGAUCCGGCCAACGCCUCUCAGGAGUGCAUUGACGUCGUUCUUGUUCCUGGCAUUGGAACCAUCCCACCAGAGAACUGGUCAUUUGCUAACCAGAAUUGGCUCGCCACUCUCCCUGAGCCUGGUUCUAGGGCGCGUAUCCUUGCAUAUGAAUACAAUUCGCCAUUUCCAGACACCAGAUUCUCUUUGGAGUCAAUUCUAAUGCUAGGUUACGAUUUUCUCCAAUGUUUGAGCGAUGCAAGAUCGAAGUUAAAUACACAUCUUUUGGUCAACCGUGAAGCCUGUUUGACUCAUUCUCCCAUGGAAACCGUCGUUGGCUUAAACCUCGACCAUCACAAUACAUGUGUCUUCACUGAAAGCGUCGGCGGUGAAGGCUUACGGGAGUUGAAUGAGUUUGUGGACAAAGUCUCGGUAGAUGCUGUGCAGCUUGUUGCACUUCGGCUAAGAGAACUCGAGCACCUGGAUCUCUCCGAAAACCCUUCCAAUACAGCCACGGAAUGGCCUUCGAAUGGAGCAACAGAAGGGACUACACCUUUGGGGUUUGAGUUGGUUCAUUCCGCAGCCCCGAACACCGAACCGAAAAAAUAUGUCCAUCUACCUUGCGUAUUACUCAACACAAAUCCGAAAAAUGAGAACUUCUGCGGCCGUGAAGACGUCUUGGCACGUCUUGCGGCUGAGCUCUUGCCUUCGAAGAGUAUAGUGACAGCGUCAGGCACAGCUCUACAGCAGUUUGCAAUUUGUGGAUUUGGAGGAAUUGGGAAGACUGAAAUAGCUCGUGAAUUCUGCCGCCAACAUAGAGCUGCCUUUGAUGCGGUGUUUUGGGUGACAGCAGACGAGAUUGCAAAACUCGACCAUCACUACCAGCAAAUAUCGUUGGCAUUGGGACUCGAGGACUUAUCGGAGUGCAAGAGCCAGGUUGUCAGUAGAGAGAUCGUAAAAGGGUGGCUCUCUAAUCCUCAAAAGCAGCUAUCUGGGUACGAUGAGCUUGGUCAGCCCGAUCAAGCGAGGUCAGAAGCGACUUGGUUGCUUGUGUUUGAUAACGCAGACGACCCAAUGAUCCUGGCGGACUACUGGCCUCAGGGCAGUGGAUCAAUUCUCAUCACCAGCCGUGAUCCAUUGGCUAAACGCAUAUUUACAGGAAGGACAUCAGGAUUGGAUCUUGGACCAUUGACACAACAGGAUAGUUUGUCGCUAUUCAACCAUCUUACACCCAUUUCCAACGAAUCCGAGGCCAACACUGCGAACAAAAUCUGCGAAGCACUAGGUGGUGUGCCUUUGGCCAUCUCACAGAUGGCAGGAGUCAUUUUCCGACAGGACUUGACCUUGCCUGAAUUUCUUGAGCUGUAUACAGAUCAUGAAGAACAUGCCAAUCUUUAUGAGACAAAGUUCGAUGCUAACUUGAUCACAUAUCCUCACUCUCUGUCCACUGUUUGGGCGUUUGAGAAACUAAAGCCUCAUGCGCGGCAGCUGUUGGAACUGAUUUCGUUUCUCGACCCGGAUUUUAUUGGAGAGGAUCUGUUGAUUGAAGCAUCAGUCAUGUUACUUUCGGAUGGCGCCCAGUUCAGGAAGAGUGCUUAUAUUGAGGCUCGGACUGAUCUCUUACAGUCAUCGCUUGUUCAAAGAGACAAGCAAAGACAGCAGUUAUCAGUCCAUCGCAUCGUACAGGAAGUGAUCAUGACAACGAUGGACGAGGUCAAGAAGCGAUCUAUGUUCGAUCUGAUCGUACGAACUCUUUGGGCGGACUGGCCAUCGGCUAUGCCCAAGCCAUCAAAAGAGCCAGAAUUGCCUCAGCCCAAAUCAAGUGGUGGCAGACUGCAUGUUGGGAGGUGGCCUGUUUGUGCGGCGAUAUAUCCUCACGUACUAAGGAUACAUCAGCUCUGGUCAACAAUAUCAGAUCUCUCAGACGCCACCAAAUUACAUUUUGCAAAGUUGUUGAACGAGGCUGCAUGGUAUCAGAAAGAACGCGGUAGAACAAAGGAUUUUGAUGGCUUCUUUGAGACUGCUCGCAGCAUCUGCGAAUCCUCUGUACACCCUGAUCGGGAUUCCCUGCUUGCAGACAUAUAUUUCUGCCUAGGAGCUAUCUCCAUGGACGCAAGCGACUUCGAUAAAAGUCGCGUUUAUAAAGAAUUGUCUUUCGCUCUGGUUUCCAACAUUUGCAAAGAACUGGGAACUGCUGAUGAGAGAUUGUAUCUUGCAUACGCAGAGCAAGGCAUCUCACGCAUUCAGGAUAAAAGGUACGAAGAAGGUGAGGCUGAUCUCAGGGAAGCACUACGGAUUCGUAUAGCUCUUGGUAACUACGUCCCCCGGUCUGGCGAGGUUAACCUGAGCUGGUCCCUUCUUGCACAAGGAAAGCUGGAAGAAUGUGACGAGCUUCUUUCGGAAACUCUUGCGGGUAGAGAAAGGGCGUUAGGCAAAGACGAUAGGGAGUCUGUCAGAACAGGACUGGUUCUGUAUGCACUUGGUAACCUUCGUGCUGCUCAGAAUCGAUUGGAUGAGAGUUUUGAGUUUCAUCAGCGAGCAAUGCGACACAUGCGCGCGACGGUGGGUGAGAAGGAUUUCUACACUGCGAAUGUCGCUCAUAAAAUUGCUGAGCACCUGCUCCGCUUGGGUCGAAGUGAAGAGUCGAUUACCAUGGCUAAUAUGGCGCUGGAUAUCUGGUCUGUUGACCCAAGUGCACACAAGAACGAGAUUGCUCGAACAACCUUCCUCAAGGGCCGUUUGUUUGAAGCAACAGGUAGAAGUCAAAAGGCGUCCAUUGCCUUUAGAGUUGCAUGCCGCUUGAGAAAGGAAAUAACUCAAGAGGAUCGAAAUAUGAAUAGCUUGACCACGGAAGAUUUCGACGAGAUCGUUGCUUUUUGGGCUCGAUGA